UGUGUUUUUUUUUUUUUUCAAUAAUGUUUAAAUUACGAACGACAGGGAUUGUAUUAAGUAGACAAUUUGCACUUCACCAACAAAGAUUAGUAAGCAAACGAUUCUUUACAAACACACAAGGCUAUGAUGCACUUGUCUUGGGCGCAUAUACAAGUAAAGAUGGAAUUGCUCGUUUGACAGCUACACAAGACAUUUCUCAACAAACCAAGCAUCUCAUUGAAGACCAACUUAAACUCUCUAAUUUUAAAAAAGCGGGCGAUGUUCGAACACUUUACAAUGUUGGUGGUAUUAAACAAGUAGCAGUUGUUUCUGUCGGAUCUCAGACAAAUACUAGAGAUGAAAAAGAAGCUGCUCGUCGUGCUACUGCACUCGGUUUACAUGCUUUAAAGCCUCAGGGUGCCAAACAUAUUGGUGUUGAUAUUUCCCUAAGUGCGCAUGGAGCAGGAGAAGGCUCUGUAUUAGGACAGUUCUCAUUCAAUAAAUUAAAAUCUAAAAAAGAAGAUCAAGUGGACAUGAUAGUAGGCCCCUUUUCGAAACAGACUCAGUCUUCCGAGGACCACUUGAGUUGGGAAACUGGCCGAAUCUAUGGUGCUUCUCAAAAUGUAGCUCGUAUGUUAAUGACAACACCUGCUAAUUUAAUGACACCAAAAUUAUUUUCAGAAGAAGUUGCUUAUUUAUUGGCAGGUUUGGAAAAUGUUGAAGUACUUGUGAGAGAUGAAGAAUGGGUUGCUAGACAAAAGAUGAACGCAUUCUUAUCUGUUGCUAAAGGAAGUCUUGAGCCUUUGAGAUUUUUAGAAAUUCAUUAUAAGGGAGGCAAAAAAGAUGAAAAACCUCAUGGUUUUGUAGGCAAGGGUAUUACUUUUGAUGCUGGUGGUAUUUCAUUAAAGCCUUCUAACAAUAUGGCCUUAAUGAAAGGAGACAUGGGAGGUGCUGCUACUGUAGUAGGAGCUCUUUAUGGUAUUUGCAAGCUACAAUUACCAAUUAAUAUAGUUGCUGCUAUUCCAUUAUGUGAAAAUUUACCUUCAGGUACAGCUACUAAGCCAGGUGAUGUUAUAAAAGCCAUGAAUGGAAAAUCGAUUGAAAUUAUUGAUACAGAUGCUGAAGGAAGAUUAGUUUUGGCCGAUGCAUUAUAUUAUCUUAGUUCUAAAUAUUCACCUAAAUCUCUGAUUGAUCUUGCUACUUUAACAGGCGCUAUUGAUGUUGCCCUGGGUGAUGUUUAUGCUGGUGUAUUUACUAAUUCAGAUAAACUUUGGCACAGUCUAGAGAAAGCAGGAAGAGCAACUGCAGAUCCUUUUUGGAGAAUGCCCCUUAGUGACGGUUAUUUGAAAGAAAUGCAAGAAUCAACUGUGGCAGACCUGAAUAACCUUGGUAAAGGUAGAUCAGGUGGUGCAUGUUCUGCUGCUGCCUUUUUAAAGGAAUUUGUUAGUGAAGAAAAUAAUUCAACUCCAUGGGCACAUAUUGAUAUUGCUGGUGUUAUGGAUAGUCAAAGCACUGAUGGAUAUCAUAUUAAGGGAAUGAGUGGUCGCCCCACAAGAUCUUUAAUUGAAUAUAUUCAUAAUUUAUCCUGACUAAAAUAACUUAGAUUUUAAGUCACGUGUUGUAUGACCUUUGUAUAUAAAUAUAUAUAUAAGGAAGGGGGAUGAACACUAUAAUAAUAAAUAAUUCUGCAAAACUUUAAAGGAGA